UUAAAAACCCACGGUAAAACAACCCAAUUUCACUUCGUUUACACCUACAUCAGCCGAACCCUAAGCAGCCCUACCGUCCUAACAGCGAUGGAUCCUAAAGAAUCUGUCGCCAGCCAAACCAACGUCGCACUAGAGUUAACCAAGCAACUGUUGCUGACUGAAUUCAAGGACAAGAACAUGGUGUUCUCGCCGCUUUCCCUCCACAUCGUUCUGAGCCUGAUAGCUUCUGGGACAAGGGGCCCUUGUCUGGAUCAGUUUCUCUCUUUCCUCAAGUCCAGAUCCACCCACCACCUCAACUCCCUCGCUCAUGACCUCGUCACUUUCGUUUUAGCCGAUGGAUCACCCGGCAGUGACGACAGUAUUCAUCCCGGCGGUCCUGGUCCUCGUUUGUCCUUUGCCAAUGGCGUUUGGGUCGACGAGUCUCUUCCUUUCAAGCCUUAUUUCAAACAUGUAGUGGACACUGCUUACAUGGCGGCUCUAAAGGAGGUCAACUUCAAGUCUAACCCUGACCAAGUAGGUAUGGAAGUGAAUUCUUGGGCUGAGAAGGAGACUAACGGCCUCAUCAAAGAGAUUCUUCCUCCAAAUUCAGUCGACAUCUACACGAAGCUCAUCUUUGCAAAUGCUUUAUACUUCAAAGCAUAUUGGGUUAAUAAGUUUUUUGAUACAGAAACAAAAAAGCGUAACUUCUACCUUCUGGAUGGGAGCUCGGUUAAAGCAGUUCCUUUUAUGAGAGGCGGGGGCUACCAGUAUAUACGUGCUUUUAAAGGCUUCAAAGUCUUGAGGCUUCCUUACCGACAAAUUGGAGUUUACCCCCGGUGUUUCUCUAUGUACUUUUACCUUCCCGAUGCAAGAGAUGGGCUGCCAGCUUUGGUUGAGAGAGUUUGUUCUGAAUCUGGAUUUUUAGAUAGCCAUGUUCCCCAUAAUAAGCUUUAUGUGGGUAAAAUGUCAAUCCCAAAGUUUAAGAUUUCUUCUGGUUUUGAAGCUUCAGAAGUCAUGAAGAGGUCAGGCCUGGUGCUGCCUUUCACUUUUGAUCCUCUUAAAGGAGGUAAUGUGACAGAGAUGGUGGAGUCUCCUGCCGGUGAGGACCCAUACGUCUCGGCAAUAUUUCAUAAGUCGUGUAUCGAAAUUGAUGAAGAAGGUACGGUAGCUUCAGCUGUUACUGUUGCUACGCUUUCUGGUGGGGGUGCUCCUCCUGUGGAAAUAGACUUUGUGGCGAAUCACCCAUUCAUGUUUUUCAUCAGAGAAGACAGUACCGGAACAGUGUUGUUCAUGGGGCAAGUGCUCAAUCCCCUUGCUGGCUGAUUCAUGUUCUUUGUCCUUGCUACUUUGUGUUUUAUGUCAUUCCUGCUUUUGUAUGUUUAGUCAUCCUUUGUUUGGUCGUGAACUUAAUUUAUGGGAUAUUAAUUAAGUAGUUCUAUGGCUUCUAUCAGAUUAAUAUCUGUGUU